AUGUCACCCAAAAAAAGGUGAAACCGCAUGCGGUGCUAUGACUGUGGUGGGGGCCCCAGUAACUCCUGCAAAGAGACGGUGGUCACCUGCGGCGAGGGCGAGCGCUGUGGCUUCCUGGAUCGCAAACCCCAAGCAGGCCCGGCACAGAGCAAGCUGUCUGGGAACCCCUCAGUGCAUGCAGCCUGUGUGGCCAUCCAUCAUUGCAAUCAAGUGGAAACAGAGUCAGUGGGAGAUGUGACUUACACCACACACAAGAACUGCUGCUUCGGAGACCUGUGCAACAGUGCCGUGGCACGCACCGGAAGUCCCAUCUGCAUCUUGGCUGUAGCAGCCACCACCCUGGCCUGGCUGUUGCCAGGACUGUGGAGUGGGUAA